AGUCGGUCUCUUUUCCCCUAGAAACGCUAUCUUUUCAAUCAUCAUCGCAGAAAGCAAAAAAAAAAAACCCCAGAAAACAGAGCAAAAGAGCUCAAAAGAGAAAACAGAGGAAGAAAGCAAGCAUAGGAAAUGGCGUCGAUUUCAGAAGAAGUGAGAGCUAAAGCCGAGAUUUACCAUGGAGACGCCAUAUGCCAGGAGAAGACGAAGGAGUUCCUGAAGGAAGUUGCCAUGCCUAACGGGUUGCUGCCGUUGAAGGACAUAGAAGAGGUUGGGUACGACCGAGAGUCAGGUACCGUGUGGCUCAAGCAAAAGAAGAGCAUAAACCACAAGUUCGAGAAGAUCGGAAAGCUUGUGUCUUACGCAACAGAGGUCACGGCCGUGGCAGAGACAGGCAAGAUCAGGAAGCUCACUGGUGUGAAGGCCAAGGAGCUUCUUGUCUGGGUAACACUCAACGAGAUUGUCGCUGAGGAGACCAAGAAGAUCACGUUCAAGACUCCUGCUGGGCUUUCGAGGUCGUUCCCUUAUUCUGCUUUCGAAGUCCCCGAGGAGAAGGAAGUGGCCACUGCAAAGGAGAAGAGCAGUGAGAGUGAGGGCAAUAAGGCUGUUGAAGUGAAGGAGGUGUAAUAAAGAGUGUUUGAGACCAAACCUUGAUGAUGAGUUUGUGUCUUUUGUUAUCCUCCCUCAUCUGUGUCUUGCCUCUGCUGUUUCAUUUACUUGUAACAAUGAUGUCAGGCCUUGAUCCUGUUUCCAAAGAUUAUCCAUCAAUAUCUACAUAAAGCUGCUUCUUUGAAGACAGCCCACCACUCC